CCGCGCGUGAUUCAGUGUCCACUGUGGAGACCCUAGUGACAGUCCGCGGGGAUGUGGAGAGCCUGUCGCAGAGCUGCCAGUGACGAGCCAGUCACCAUGACGAAGAGGCGGGGGACUCCGGUCAAGCGGGUCAAGCACAGCCAGUCGGCCAAGGACUGUGACUGUUUCAACGAGUCUCCGGACAAGAACAUGGAACGAAACUACAUCCUCAGCUUCCUCUCCAAGACGCUCCCACAGAGCCAGAGCGACGGAGACAUGAAAGGGAGCGCCAACAAGAGAAGCGCUAGCAAGAAGCAGAAGGACAAUGAAAACAAUAGGAAGAAAAGUGAGGGUGAGAAAUACAGAAGGAGUAAGAGUGAAAAAGACAAGAAAAACUCAAUAAAGAGGGCUACUAGUAUUACUUUGAAGCGGAAUCGGAUAAUUCCUCUCAACGACGGCUCCGGAGGUUGUGUUCUUGUCUCCCAGACGACAACGUUUAAAGAAACACCGGGCGCGCAGAAAGACAAAGAGAUCCCUAAACAAGCUGAAAAUCAAAAAAAGAAACUCACCACAUUUUUUAAGAGAAUAACUGCUGUUAAGAAAAAAGCUAGGGAGUUAAUAUUGAAAAGAAACAAAGAGAAUUGUGUCAAAGAUACAAAGGUCCCUGCUGAAACUCCAUUCACAGGAUUCGAAAAGAUACCUGCACAGGACGACUUUAUUGAAGAGAGUUUUCAAGAAGACGAGCCUAACGAAGAUUUACAGGACCUUCCGGAACCGGGGAGGAUCUCCGCGUGCAGCAGUGGGUACUUUACACCGGUUGGGGAAUCCCCGGUUAUAGCGAGAAGAGAGGAUAUCCAGAGAUUGUCUUGCAGGUCAACGUGUCUCUCGCCGGAAAGCGAGGAGGCGUUUGAACUUGCUGAAAGUGAUUAUGUUGGCAGUGCUAGUACUGGGACUGCGGUGGACAGCAUUGGACCGACCCUGGACGCCGUGACGGCUGUGGACCGGGAGGAGCUACGGAGACGUCUGAGAGCCGGGGAGUUGCUCUACCCUAACUGUGACAACUCCAUUUGGAUGAGGAGUUGCGAACAGGAGAUAAUCGACCCCAUCCGCGGAACUACCACAGGUAUAAUCCCAGUUUGGCUUAAGGGUACUCUUCUCCGAAACGGUCCCGGCAGCAUGCAAGUAGGCGAUAUGACCUUCAAGCAUCUCUUCGACAGCUCGGCGCUUCUACACAGGUUUGCGAUAAGCGAUGGAGGAGUGACUUACCAAUGCAGAUUCCUCAAGAGUAACACCUACCUCAAGAACCAUGCGGCGAACCGUAUCGUUGUGAACGAAUUCGGAACCAAGGCUGUCCCUGACCCUUGUCAAUCGAUAUUCAAGAGAGUUUCAGCCCUAUUCAAUCCCGGAGAAUCAUUAUCAGACAAUGCCAUGAUUUCGGUUUAUCCCUUCGGUGACGAGUUCUACUGCUUCACGGAGUCACCCACAAUUCACAGGAUCGACCCAACUACCCUUGAGACCUUGGAAAGGGUAAAUGUAUCCAGACACGUUGCUGUGGUGAACCACACUUCUCAUCCUCACGUGACGUCAGAUGGUACGGUCUACAAUCAGGCCAUGAGUGUCCAGGGUUCCUACCCUCACUACUCCAUCGUCAAGUUCCCUCAGAAUGAGAGGAGCAAGGACAAGAAGCCGGGCCAGAUGUUCGAGAGCGCGGAGAUGGUGGCGUCCGUGAAGGCUAGAUGGCCUCUACACCCAUCCUACAUGCAUACUUUCGGACUGACUGAACACUUCUAUGUGAUUGUGGAACAGCCUUUGGCCAUCUCAGUGCCCAACAUGGUCAAGAGUCAACUGCUCGGCCAACCCAUGUGUUCCUGCUUCCGUUUCUUUAAGGAUGAACCUACUCUGAUACAUUUGGUGGAGAGGGAAACGGGGAAUCUCCACAAGACGUAUCUGGCCGAGGCAUUUUUCUACCUUCACAUAGUGAACCAGUACGAGAGUGACGGUCAUGUCGUGCUGGACAUCUGCUGCUACAGCGACCCCGCCAUGUUGGACUGCAUGUACUAUGAUGCUCUGAAGGAAAUGAACAAAAACCUCGACUACGCCCGCUUGUUCCGAGGACGGCCUAUGCGGUUUGUGAUGCCCUUGGACCCUAAGGCGGCGGACUCUGACACAAACCUGGUGACCCUGCCCAGGUCUGGGGCAGAGGCUUGGUGGCGAGGUAGUGAGGUACUAGUAGUGCCCGAGCUGCUGUGUGACCUCGGCUGCGAGACCCCUAGGAUUAACUACGACCAGCACCUCGGCAAGCCCUACCGUUACUUCUACGCGAUAUCCAGCGAUGUAGACCUAGAGAACCCAGGCACGCUGAUCAAGGUUGAUACACAAACUCGAUCAACCAAAACUUGGAGCGAGCCAAAUGUGUUCCCUAGUGAACCAAUAUUCGUCCCCUCGCCCGACCCACAACGCGAAGACGACGGCGUGAUCCUGUCCGCUCUUGUGUGGGGGCGAGGGUUGGAGACGCAGGUUGGGUUAUUGGUGUUGGAUGCUACCACUCUGCACGAGCUCGGCCGGACUGUCUUCCAGACGCCAACUCCUGUCCCCAAGUGUCUGCAUGGAUGGUUCACUUCGGACUAUUAAUUACAUGUGUAUAAAGACGUUCCUUUUAUUUGUGAUACCGAUAUCGUUCAAUUACAGUAAAAAUGUUGUGACUUAAAUUUAAUGUAUUUUUCGAAUAAAUUUAAUGACAAGUUG